UGCUAUGCAAAACGAAAGUGAAAAUGAUUCUGACCAUCUACACUUUUAUUUAAAAUAUGUUUCUUUCAUAAUAUGGGGAUAAAAUAUUUUGUUUGGCCGAAUGAAAUGUUAAAGUUGAACUGGGCUUUAACUUGGUGGAUACAAGUAUCAGAAUUAAGUAUGGGUCGAACUAAAGGGUCAGGAGGUGGAGGAAGCAAGACCAUGCCACCGGAGGGUCAGAGUCCUGCUUCAUCUGAAGUGAGCACAUCAAGUUCAGUGGCUUCUGCAGAGCUGAGAAUCAAGGAUAAUCUGAAAGAACUAUUUAACUUAAUCCAUCAAGUUCAGGAGGAGAGGACUAGGGGAGAAAACAACUUGACAAAUAUUGCCAAAACUCACGAGAGAAUGCAGCAAGAACAAAAAAUAACACCUUAUUACAAGAACAAACUACGAGGAUUGUAUAAUAAUGCCAUGCAAGAUGCUGAAGGAGAGGCAGAGUUGCUUCGAAAAGCUCUUGAUAAAAUAACUGAAAUAAAGGCC